ACAUAUGAUUAACCAGUCUGCUCAUGAAAAAAACUAGAGCAGAAGAUAAAAUAUGUAAUAUUUCAUCUCGUUUCUCAAGAUGCUUGUGCAACAUUUUUUACUUGUCAUGUAGAGAUGUGAUAUACAAGAAUCUAUUUUUAGCCGUAAAAAAGUGCAUCAGCGUUGCAGCUGUUAGAGCACUGUGCACUUCUGCAUUUUAAUCAUUAUAACUUCAGUUUGCGUAACAGAUUGACAUACAGACUGUUACAUGGUGUUAGAUUAUUUUAAUUAAGUGAGGAUUUUUUACUUGUGUGCUGUAUUUGUUUUUAAAGUGUAAAAAUAAAUAUUUGGAUUAAUAAAAAGUGAACAUAUCUGUUUUAGGGAUUUAAUAUUCACACUGUACAGGAGGAAUAAUCAUAAAGAGGACUGGUGAAGUUGCAGCCAUCAGAGUGAUAUUAUGAAUGAUAACAGUGGAUACCAAUGUAGCAGGAAAGGGCACUAAAAGGGACAGAAAUAAAUUCGCAAUCUCAAUAGCAUUUUGCGGUAGAGAGAUUAUAGGUAAAGUGCAAUGAAAUGUGGCUAUAUUCCUCUGCUAGACCCCUUUAAAUAAUGUAUCGUCCAGGAAUGGGUGUUGAUCCUUGGUAUGAAAAUUUCAAGUUUUUCUUGACAUACUGGUUGCUGUCAAAUAACAAUCGUGAUCGUAUGGGUGAUGCUGAUCAGCUGCCCCCACCACACCCUCCCCCAACCACUGGGGGCCCCACAACCACAGGCCACGGGUUCAUGACUCCUCACAACAACAACAAACCGGGCGGUGAAAACCAUUCUGCACAAAAUAACACAAAUCUUCAACAACAAAACCCUUCAGCAAAAUCUCCGUCUGGUAUUCCGUCCCCAUCAAGUAGUGAAAACCAUGGCAACCCAUCAACAGUUCACUGGGAUAACCUUGGGGACAAGAAUUCCCACUCGUUAGAAUCUCCACGUCAUGGCCAGAACCAUAACGGCCCUCUGCCACCUCUCUCAGAAACCUUCAAUGGAAAUCUGAGUUCCUUUAAACAUACGAUAUCCCAUGGGCCUCAUAACCACAUACCACACCCUGGCAACCACCCUAGCAACCAUCUUGGUCACCACGGUAACGGUCCAGGUACGAGCAACUCAAUGCUCCCGGAACAUAUCAUUGUGGACAAGGAUCGGCGGCACGUCUGCCCGCACUGCUACAAGGGCUUCCGGAGUCGCCAGCAGCUGAACCAGCACAAUCUGGUUCACUCUGGCGUGCGCAAGUACCACUGCCUCUACUGCGAGCGUUCCUUCAAGCAGCUCUCUCACCUUCAACAACAUCAUCGAAUACACACAGGAGAAAAGCCAUAUCGAUGUCCGCUAGACGGCUGCGACAAAGCCUUUGCUCAAAUGUCUAAUCUCCAACAUCACAUGCGCCAGCACGACAAGACCACAUUUGGACAGAAACAGUGUAUGUGUCCCUUCUGUGACCGGGGCUAUGCCAGUGAGAAGAGUCUGAAAUCGCAUCUUAGUAAAAUGCAUCCAGACUCUAAAUUCCUUGGCAUGGGAGGACAGCGCAGUGGGCUUCCACUGUCAGAAGAUCAAGGUCACUCCAUGCUUACUGGCUCUCAGAGCCGGAUGAUGCACUCAAACUCCCUUCCCAUGAUGCAUGCCUCUAUGAAGUCACCCCUAACCCCUCCUGGAGGCCCGCUUGAACUGACUGUAAACUCACAUUCUCGAAACAUGGGCACUGACAGCCGUAAAUACAGUCUCGAUUCAAAUAAAUUCCCCAUGGUUGGAGACCUGCCACAUGAUUCAAAAAAUUUCCAGCGCAGUUUGUCAGAACGUAUUCCGGACAGAGGCCCUGAAAAACUUGAGAACAUACUUGAUCAACGGUACGGAUUUCAGAACCAUUUCCGUGAGGUUAAUCGAUUUGGAGAUCGGUCCUUUGAGCCAUUUUCCCCUUCAAGACUUAAUGAGGCCGUGCGGUCCUUUGAUUUUAAAGAAAUUGAGGCAAAACUUUUGGAUCCGAGUUUGAGUGGGGAGAAGUUUCAAAGAAUGGCAGAAAACUUUAACGAGUUCCGCUCUCGGUUUCAAGAUCAGAUGUUUCGCCGUGAUGGAAUGCGCCAAGGAGGGUAUCAGAUGGAUGGGCGAAAUAUGCUGCCAGAAAUGACCGAUCGAAAUUCGUUUUUUAACAGCCGUAGUGAUAACAAUGACUUGGCCAAUAGGGAGCGGUUUGAAAUAAGUAGAAGUUUUAACAGCAUGAGUGUGAAUGAUGUGGAUAAUUUUGGUAAUAAUCGUGAUGACAAUAUGAGAAAUCGCAAUCGAGAUGAGAUGGGCAGUAGGAAUGAUUUAAACAGCCCGAACUACCAUCGCGGUAGAGAAAGCGCUGCUGAAAACAUGAGCAUGAACAUCAAGAAUCAAAUGGACAUGAGGCGGAACAAUCUAGGACUUGAACAGAACUCGAGCAUUAGAAACAAUGCAUUGAGUGCGGACAACAUUAUUUCAAGGCCGGGCGAGUUGUCACACCCAGACAACCCUCAUGUUGUCAGCGAACCACGCCCGGCUAUUAUGUCUGCCAGCGAGAGAGAAAUGGCCAUGUCCUCGAGGCAUUCUCAUCAAAUGAAACCAACCAGUCAGAGUGAUCUCAUGGCUUUGCGCCAAGGGCAACGGAUGGAAUCAUUGAGCGAGACUGAGAUCAUGUCCCUGAGACAACAGCAGUGUCGUAGCAUGGAAUCAAAUGAAGCAGAAAUGUUGUCGAUACGACACAGACAGAGUAACGGAUUAAAUUCAGCGAGCGAAAUUGAAAUGAUGCAAAUGAGGCAUAUGUCACAAAAUGGCCUGGAGUUGCACAAUGAUACAGACAUGAUGUCUUUGAGGCCAAUCCCUGGCUCACAGAUGGAAAAUAACAAUGAGCAAGGAAUGAUGCCGCUACACAGGAGGCGUGCCGACCUAGGCACAAAUGUCAUGAAUACUCGAAUGUUUGCUAGUCACAUGGAUAUGGAUGGUAUGAGAAGCAGCUGUCAUGACAUCAGUCCAAGACCUGGAAUGAUGAGCAAUGGCCCUAACCGUGUGGAUGGAGUCACUCACAUGGAAAUGGUGGAGAGAAGCAGAGAACAAAACAACCUGAGCUAUGAAGGCAGAAUGCACAGCAGUACCGAUAUUAUAAAGUCCUCACAAUCCGAAUAUGGUAUGAUGUCUAGGAAUAGCAUGAUGAUGAGCCACGAGAGAGAAAAACGUCAGCACAGACCAGAAGAUGUUGGCAUGGAAACGGGAGUCAAAAUGGCCACCAUGGAAGCAGAAAGGAAUGUUUCCACGCCAAAGUCUCGACUGGUCAGCACAGGUAACAUCUGUAGUAAUAUGGAGGUCAGUAGCACAAAUCAAGGUUACCUGGAGAAAUCAUCAGAGCAGCAUCUGCUAAACCAAGACAGUGUGAUUCAGGACUCCAUGAAUUUGACACAGUCUGGUGGUCUUCAGAAUUCAAUGAUCAAUCAUCAUGGGUCUUCAAAAGAAAACAGCACCUCGGCUAUGAUGGAUGAUGGUGAUAUUGAUUUUGACGGUAGAGGCAAUGAGAAAAAUUCUUCAUCUCCUAACAAUUUAUCCGACCCGAAUAUGAUUCGGCAACGAAAGCAACGAAAACCAGCAAAUCCACAGCAUGUGUUCAUGCCUUCUCUUGACCACUACACGAGCUUUGCUGUUGACGAGGGGGAAGAAUGUUCACCACUUAUUUAACCCUUUCCCUUUUAGAUACGCAUUUUGAUGCAUUUUAAGUCUAUUAGAAAAUUAUCAUUUAAUUUAAAACCUUUCUUA